AUGAGAUUCUUGAUUUUUCUGAGCGUGAUCGCUUUGAUCGUCUCUCUCACUCCAGCUCAAGCCUGCCCAAAGACUAGCAUAAACGUCAUGGCAAAUAAAAGUAGAAUUCUGUCAGUGAUAUUUGGCGUCUCAUCUGAACAAACCGAUCGAAAUGAUGAUCACCAAAAAGCGAACAAGGUUCCAAGCCGAAACACAACAUCAAUCGAAGAUGGGUCUUGUGAAAUAGAUCAGACUUUCAUUGCACUAACAGUGACAUUUACUUUCAUUCUCGUCAGCAUCGUCAUUUUCUUGAUCUUCCUCUGUAUUUAUUGCAAAUCAAACGACCAGCUAAUCCAAAGAGAGAUUGAUGCGAGAACAACAGCGGAGAGUCGGUUGAGAGAUACGGAAGAAAGGUUGCUGGCGGAGACCGGAGAAAAUGAAGAGACCAAGGAGAAACUGAAUGAGGCAUUGGAACUGUUGAGCAAAUUGAUUCCAAAAAUGGAGAAGCUCGAUGCUCAAGGAGCGCAACAAACUGAGUUGAAAAGAGAGUGCCGAGAAAUCGCUGAAAAUCUGAAAACGACACUUGGAGAACCACUCCCUGUGGUAAUUUUCGGAGCGGAAUGGAGACAAAAAGGAUUUCUCGUGCCUCUCUUCGCUGUUUUCAUGAGCACUGCAGUUGUUGCUGUCGUCCAGUCAAACAACAUUCCAGCACGGGCGAGCUUCUGGAGUGUUACUCUCUACUCCAUGGCAUCCAUCGGCUUCACCAGCAUGAGCGGAGCAAUUUGCGAUAUGAUGGAGCCUUUCUUGAAGAUCAGCAGGACACCUUCGAAAGUAGCCGUCUUCGGAGUCUUUGUCUUACUGUCUCUGUUCAUCGCUAAGAAGGAAUUCGCAUAUGCUCGCGAGUCACUGCCACCGUUUGAUCAAUCCUCAGAAGAAGACAUGGAGCACAUCAAGAACAUGACAAUUUUCUUCUUCGGAUUGAUAAACUGUCUGGUGGUCUCCAUCAGAUUGGAUAAAGCGAAAUAUGCGAAAACAUUCGUGGCGAUGUUCCUCUUCUUCUGGAUUGGCACCGUUUCUGCAUACCGUACAUUCCUUGGCUCAUACAGUAUCGCCGAGACAUUGAUCAGUAUUAUUAUGUUUUUUGCAGCGAGCGCUUCUCUUGGCUCACUUUUUGUAAAAUAUCACUAA